CUGAUGUCAAACACCUAAAUCAUCAAACCUAAAACUGAAACUUAAAGCCGACCCUUAAAACACCAAGUCUUGACCCCUUCUCCUUUCCUCUCAGCGUUGCUUUUCGUUUGCUGUGAGAAGCCUCGAUCUUCACGUUCAGGUUUAUGUUCUUUAUCUGAGUCCAGUGAGACGACACACAGGUCUGGUAUCAGAUUAGAGUCGACCACGCCAAUACUCGGCCUUUGUUCCCUCUCUCCUCCCUGUUCGAACUGUGACUGCUCGUGUUUGACUUUCACCGUGAGCAGGGGUGAGCCGUCAGUCCUGGGCCUCCCCCUUCCUCCCUCCCACCAGUGUCCACCACCACCGACUUCUGCCUGACGUUAAGAGGACGAGGAGGACACCUCGCAGUGAGAGGACAGAACGUGGACAGGGAGCAGUGAGCGAGAGAAACAAGGGUUUGAAACCAUGUGUUGUACGGGGAAGUGCGCUCGCCUGGUGGGCCUGAUCCUGCUGCCCACCGCCUUCAUCUGCAUGAUCGCCAACCUGCUGCUGUUCUUCCCCGAUGGGAAGAGUCUGGAGACCGACCAGAUCUCCGUCCAGGUCUGGCUCAUGGGGGGGCUGAUCGGAGGAGGCCUCUUCAUGCUGUGUCCGAGCUGCUCGGCCAUCAAGGCCGGGGGCAAGGGUUGCUGCGGAUAUGGAUGCUGUGGGAACCGCUGCCGGAUGCUGAGCUCCGUGUUCUCCUCGGUUUUCGGCCUCAUCGGAGCCAUCUACUGCACCAGCGUGGCCUCGGCAGGUCUGGCUAUUGGACCCAAGUGUCUGACCGGUCUGACCGAUGAGAAAUGGACGUCCCCGUUUGAAGAAGCUGGCACGGGUAGCUACAUCGGGAACCAGACCUCGUGGACGGUCUGCAACUUCCCUGCCAAUGCAGUGAUGUGGCACGUGGUGCUCUUCUUCAUCCUGCUGGCCAUGGGCCUGCUGCAGAUGGUGCUCUGCGGCAUCCAGGUGGUCAACGGCUGCCUGGGCUGCAUCUGCGGGGACUGCCGCGAUAGACAAGAUGAUGACGGUGGCCUGUGAGGACCGACCUGCUGUGACCUGCGUCCACAAGGAGCAGGGGACUGAAUGCUGUGAAGCAGAUUGAGAUUUCCUUCUGAUACUCCGCUGUGCUUUUAUUCUGAAGGCCAAUCCUGUUUGAGAAGCUUUACUCCAUUUGUUGUUCAUGUCGGUUGUUUGUCUCUUUGCUUCUCUUUUUUUGGAUUGAACCAAUAUGAAGAUUUAAAACACGGGGGUCAAACAUGAAUCACAAUGUAAUGGUUGGGACUGGUUUGCUUUUGCUAUAAAGAUACAAAACAUACAUAUGAUGAAUUUCAAAUAUUAUUUAGUGCUUGUGCAUCAUGAGUGAAAGUGAAGCUACAUCAAUAAUUAUUAAAACUUAUUUUUACCAAGAAA